UGCGCAUGGCAAAUAGAUGAAGUUGUUCCUGUGUGCAAAGUCCGCCUGACAAGUUUGUACCUGGUCAAUAUUAGGUGAUAACAAAAUAAACUACCUGACAAGUGAGAAUGCCAUCGAGAAAACGUAUCAAAAUAAAAAGGAAACCUAAAUCUAAUUCAGAAGAUCGUUCAAGAAUAAUUGAAUGUGUCGAUGACCAGUCCGAGGAUCUCAGGGUGACAGAUGACCAUUCACUUGGGCAGAGUGUCAAAAAUAAAGUGUCCGGGGGUCCUAACAGAAAAUCAAGAAAUGGCGGAGAAAAUAACUGUUCUAAGGAGGUUCACAUCGCCUUCCUCCCAGACAAAUACGAAUCGCUUAAAGAGGAAUCUGAGAGCAAAGUGAAGUCGAAAGAAGAGGAGUUGGAGAAGAGACGACAGAAGUACAAAACAUUCCGAAAGAAUGUGGGGAAGGCGGUGCGGUUCAGCUGGAAGUGCCUGGUAGCUGGCCUGCAGAGUUUCACCUCCGCCUACUCCACCCCUCUGUCUGCUGCCGCCACUAUCAUCCCAGAGAUGCACCACACCCACCGAAGGAGCUGAUGGGGUCCGCCUGGACCCCUGGGAUCCAAUAGGGAUCAUCUGGAUCACUGGACGGGAGAAGCACUGAGACUGGGUGGGGAGUCUCAGAUGGGGUUUUGGACUUGAAUUUAUUUUGUAUUAUUUAAUGUGCUGCUGCUAAUAAGAUUUACUUUCCCCAGUGUUGUCUUUUGAGAUGGUGACCAAACCAGUUUGUGUGUGUGUGUAUGUAUGUGUGUGUCUGUGUCUGUGUGUGUGUGUGUGUGUGUGUGUGUGUGUGUGUGUGUGUGUGUGUGUGUGGCAUGCGUGCCAACAUGAUGCAACAUUGUGCAUGCCAAAUUGGCAGGGGAGUUCAUGAAUGAGGUGGUAUUUAGAAGGAGUCAGGGCUGUGAUACAGUAAACAAUCUGCAGUGGUUUAAAGAGAGAAGUCAGAUGCAUAUGCUUCAUGUUGAUGUUUGCCUGGGUAUUUGAAAAGGCCGCGGGAUAUAUGGUCCCAUGCUCUGCCAAGUAGCGCUUGAAAGUCUACACACCUGUGCCACCGACAGAUUUACAGCGGGGCUGUUUCAGGUUCAUACGAUGGGAGAGUGGUCAUUAAUCUAACUGAUCAAACGGCUAGAUCAUUUGAUUGGAAAAGUAAGUUGUGCUCGUGGGAACAUGAAUGUUGAAUCAGCAAAAGGCAGAGAGACCCAUAUAGGGUAAGCAGAAAUGAGUUAAUUCGAGUGGAGAAGAGAAAGGAAGUGUUUAAAUAGUGUGAAGACUCAGACGGCAAUGAAUUGAUGACCUGAAGCUAACAGAUAAGGCUAAGCAGAGACAUGUAUGCCGUGUACGCGUAUUUCUGUGUCAUUGUCACCUUUAAUGAGUAGUAAUGAGCAAUUUAUGAAGAAGUGCAAAUAUGUGUAAUCAUUUAUGUCAUGCAGCUGUGUUAAUUUUAUUCUCUGUAAAUGCUGUUGAACUUUUGCAGUUUUUAAAUACCUCGGAUGUGCUGAUAAAAAACUAAAUGAACAUAAAUCCUUUUUAGAUAUGAACUAAACAUCAAUAGUUGUUGAUUCAAUUGUUGAUCAAAUGUUUCUAUGGAUAUUGCUGUAUAUGCAGAUGUUGAUGCUUAUUGGCUGAAGAUGCAGUAUUAAAAGCCCUGGAACCACAAA